AGCUGAGUAUUACAACAGAAAGUAUCUGCUAAAUGUCUAUUACAGUGUUGUGUUAGGCUGAGCAGCUUUUAACUGUAACCUGUUAAACCAGGGGUUCCCAAACUUUUCAGCCCGCGACCCCCCAAAAUAUAGGAUGGUACUGUGUGCAGUGAGGCAGCAACUCCUGAGCAGAAGCAGCAGCAGAGCAGCAUGGAUCAGGCUGUUGCAGAGUCAGAGCAGAGGCUGUGUGUACUCAAGCAUCCAUGGCUUUAACCAGGAGCAGAUCAAGGAGAAGCUGCAGGCCUUUCCUGGAGGCUCCAUUGAUCUGCUUAAACAGGAGUCAGGUGUCGCUGUGCUGACCAUCAACCACCCCUCCCGCAUGAACGCCUUCUCAGGCAGUAUGAUGGUGGAUCUGGAGGAGAGGGUGAGCCAGCUGGAGAGCUGGACGGAUGGCAAAGGCCUCAUUGUUCAAGGUGCUGCAGGAACUUUCUGCUCUGGAUCGGACCUCAAUGCUGUCAGGGCGAUUUCUAACCCACAGGAUGGGAUGAAGAUGUGUAUGUUCAUGCAGAAUACGUUAACCAGACUACUCCGGCUGCCUCUGAUCUCUGUUGCUCUGGUGGAGGGGAGAGCACUGGGAGGGGGUGCAGAGCUCCUCACUGCUUGUGAUUUUAGGUUAGUGGCACCAGGAAGUGUGAUCCAGUUUGUCCAUAAACACAUGGGUCUGGUCCCAGGCUGGGGCGGCGCUGCUCGACUAGUACACAUCGUCGGAAGCCAGCAUGCACUAAAACUACUCGGUGGUGCUCUAAAAGUGGAUCCAGAACUUGGCCUGCAGAUUGGACUGGCAGAUGGAGUCCUGGAGGCCCCCGAGGUAGAGGAGGGUGCCGGGUCUCUCCUGCAGCAGGCUGAUAACUGGCUCAGUCGUUACACGAAAGGACCUGCACCGGUGAUCCGGGCUGUGAAGAAGGUGGUGUUGUCAGGCAGAGAGCUCCCACUGUCUGAGGCUCUGAGGACUGAGAAGGAUGUUUUUGGGACAGUUUGGGGCGGGCCGGCUAACCUGAAGGCUCUGGCCAGCAAGCCAAAUCACAAAUGAGCAUCUGUGUUGAUUAUCAUCAGAGCCUGUGACGACAGCUGAGAGGUCAAGCUGAGACUUUUUGAAGAGGCCUGUUACAGUACAGAGUACAGAAAAGACUGAGUCAUCACUGGAAUCAAUACCUGUACAUUGGUCUGCAGUGAGCUGAGCACAUUUAUAAAGACAUUUUGAUGUAAUUGGAGAUGUUGUGUUGAAAAGGUUCACUUGAUGUGAAAGGGUUUUCUCUUUAUGUUAAGGCCUUAAAAUUCAGCCUCUUAUACAACAAUAAGUUAUCAUUUUCGGUACAUUAUUUUUGAGUACUCACAACAGUGUGUAUUGUGUUUCAUACUUGAACGGUUGUAACUUAUCUCUUUGGAAUAUCUGUGCCAUGUUUUGCCUGACGGCCACGAGAUUAGGAUUUAAAAAAGUAUAAACAGUGAUACUAAUAAAGACAGAUGCAGUGUUUGAA